AUAUUGUGAGAGCCUCAGUCUCGAACGGUCACGGCUAGAGCUCAGAAGUGUCUUAUAGGUGUAUAAACGAGGAAAAAAUAGUUUUCUUCUUUUUUUUAAAUUUCUUUUUAUUUUACGUGACAAGGUAAACCUUCCAUGUCAAUUAGUACGGAACAAUUAGGCUUUGUUAAAGGAGAAGCAUUACCUCCACCAGUCUUACAACCUGCAUUAAAAUAUCCCCUUUUACAAUAUAAACCACUGCCUUUAAAUAUUACUAAAGAAAAGAUUUAUUUGUUAGAAUUAAAGAAAGGAUAUGCAGAAUAUAUGAGAGAAUCGCCUAACAAUGUUUUGCCUUUAGUAACUAAAAAAAAUAUUGAGAGGUAUUCAGAUCGAUAUCAAGACUUGAUUACUGAUAAAAGUAGUUAUGAGAGUAGGUAUGAUUGGAGCAGAAUGCCUGUAGAAUUAAAGUCUCAAUUGCGAAAACGUAAAGGACAAAAAUGUGAGAACCCACAGACAAAACGUAAGAACAUUGAGAUAGAGUUGCAAGAAUUAGAAAAAAAAGAGAGUUUGGAACAAAGUGAUGCAGAAGAAGAAGAAGAAGAGGAGGAAGAAGCAGAAGGAAAGGAUGAUGAGCAAGCAGAAGAUGAGGAAGAAGAACUAGAUGAGGAAAUGGAUGAGGGAACUGAUUACGCGAAUAAUUAUUUCGAUAAUGGAGAAGGUUACGAUGAUGAAGACGAUAAUUUAGAUGAUGGGCCGAUUUAUUAAGAUAGUUUCUACAAGAAUCAAAAAUUUCCAUUUCAGAUACUAUUUUAUUUAAAUACCAUAAUUUUUUAUCUUAAAAAUUACUUGCUAAGAUUCUUAUCUUUGUUUCAAUUUAGAAAAUUUGAUAAUUUUAUAUGUAUGUGAGAUGUAAUUUUAUCAUAUAUAUAUAUUAUA